AUGCGAAACGCAUUUAUGGCUGUGGCCAUGGCAAUUGCCAUGAAAUCGUCUAGUGCAGCUUUCGUGCCAUCGGGCACGAUUACUGGGACUGAAUUCUCUCGUGAUGACCAAGCCAGCAUGGGAGAAGCUGCCGGGGCGAUUGUCGGUGAUUCCGUUGCAGCCACUCUGCCUUCGGACCAUCCAGCCCUUGACAAAAAUGCCGCUGGUGUCAUAAUGCAAGACUUGGCGGAGGUAGUUCCGCCGAAAGCAGCGGUUCAUGCGAGCCUUGAGGACGUCGAAAAUAUCUGCGAAAGAGAUUAUUCCCAGACCUGCCCCCUGGACUAUGAAUUAGCAGGACACGCUUUUGGACCCAAUUCUCUAGUCUGCGGCCCUGGUCCCGGAUACGAUGGGCCAUGCAAGGGUGACUUGCUGGACCUUUCUGAAGUCAAAUCCGCCAGGGCAAAGAAAACAUGGGCGUCUCGCUGUAUGAGAGAUUGGCCGUGUGUACAGUGUAGCCACAAGUAUUCAGCCCAGUGCCCAAAGGGCUGGAAGCCUUCAGAAGGUAACAAAGAAUGA